AGGCAGCAGUGAGCCUGGGUGAGAUAAGGGAUGUUAAGGCCGUCUGCGAAGGAGAAAGGGAUGUUUCCAGGUGCUGAAUGUCAAGAACUCUAAACUUUGCUAAAAUGGCUAGUCUCGAGAAACAAGAACUAGUUGGGGCCAAACUUUAACCAUUGUCUUUUUUAAAGGCCAUUCAGGGAUGUGAGUCCCAGAGAGCCAUAGAGAGGGGGAGCAACUUGCCCAAAGUCCCACAGAUCAAGAGGCAGCAAUGGAAGCAGGAGUGACCCUCCCUCUCAAAGGCAGGGGGACCAGACAUUAGGGCCUGGUUGCAAUUGCCAGCUGUGGGAGGGAGUGUGCGGCAGUGGUUAGUGAAGGGGUCCAUCCAUGGCUCUGACACUCAGUGUGACCCUGAGCUGGUAGCUGAGGCCCGUUUGCUAUCAGUAGGGUUGGGAUCCCAUGGCUACAGCCCAGCGGGGUUGGGAGGCUCCAGGAAGGUGUGUAAAGUGCUGGGAUGUCAGGAUCCUGGAGGCGCUGUCACCUCCGCCCUAGGGCAGUGUUCUGCACCCCCCUGCUGCUGGCUGAGUUUCUCCGUCCCUUGGCAAUAAGACAGACUCUUGUUUUCACAGCCAGUCGAUCGCCCUCGUGUCAUCACCCUGCCUGCUGGCUGGGCAGGGUAACUCCUGAGGUCACCACCCUCUCCAGCCUGCCUUGGGCUUGGAGAGUGAGGAGGAGGGCGAGGGACGUCUGCUGACCCUGAACAUCCGCCAUCCAUCAUCCCAUCACUGAGAGCAAGAUGGCCAGGCUCCUGCGGAUGGUCCGGAGGAAGGCUCUGCAGGUGGCCCCAGAGCCUGAGGGAAGCAGCUGCCACCUUCCCAAGGGGCAGAGCAAGCCCUGCGUCCCCGCUGGCGGGGAAGCAGCUCCCGUCCAGGCCAGACGGCGGAAGUGCCCGGCCUUCUGGAAAAGGAACCCGGCUCCCGGCGCAGGCGCCGAGCUGGGAGAGGCCCCGACCAGGCCCCAGUGGAGCUGGCCCAGGCUGCGGUUUCGCAGACAGGACCCAGCCCAGGAGGGGCACCGGGCAGGGUGGCUCUGGGGCUUGCUGUGUGGGCAGCAGCGGCCCCAGGAGCCCAGCCCUCCUUCCCAUCAGGAGGCAUCGCCCUGCCCGGUCUCUGAGGCCCUUCCAGCCCCCGCCGGCCAGGAGGGGGAAGGUCCCUGUCCCAGCACCGGCAGCUCAGCAUGGGACAGCGGCAGCACCUGGGCCUCUGGCAGCAGCCAGGCCGAUGGAGGCCACUGCUUUGUUCCAGGGACCCCCCUGGAUUCGGAGCAGGAGGAAGGGGUGGACAUGGCCGAAGAUGAAGCUGCUCUCAAGGUCAUCCGAGAGCAGCUCCAGUGCAGAGAUAAGCACCAUGAAACCUGCCCUGGAGCCAGCCCUAGAGACCCACCUCUUGCGAGCUGCCCUUCACUCCGUCUUCACCCUGGGCACGGAGAAGGACACCACCGACAUCCAGGUACCUCCUCCUCCUCCAUCCUCUUACUUUUCCAGAGUGGUCCUUGCUCCCUGCUCCCUUGAUUCGCUGGAGCUCCAGAUUUAGGGGUGGGGUAGCGGAGAUGGAACAAACUGCAGGGUUGGAUCCUUCCCUCCAUCAGGGAAGAGAUUACCCCUCCCUGGGGAAUUUCUUUCUUUCUUUCUUUCUUUCUUUCUUUCUUUCUUUCUUUCUUUCUUUCUUUCUUUCUUUCUUUCUUUCUUUCUUUCUUUCUUCCAUAAGCUGUGUUUUGCCCAGAAGCCCAGCUUCCAUCCAUAGCAACUUGGCUGUUUCCUACUCUUCUGCCUACAAGGCCCUCUGCAGAGACCUGCUAAGCUCAUGGAUCAAAGGUCCAGGGGUCAUCAAUUCUUGCGAAUUGCCUGCAGUGGGAUGCGAAGGAGAGAGGCCAGGAGAUGUGUUUGGGAGUCUCCCCAGUGCUUCCCAGAGACCCCUCUUCCCAUCCUGUGGCAGGUGUAGGCCCAGGUUCC